CCUAACUGACAGAGAGUCCCCAGAAGGACGCACUCCUGCCCUGUCUCAGCAGGGACUGCGGGGGGGGCAUGUCCCUCAUCCCCUGGCUUCGGUGGAAUGAAGCCCCCCCGAGGCUGUCCUCCCGGAGGCCGGCCGACACGGUGCUGGAGACGCUCAUGAUGGAGCUGGCGGGGCAGAUGCGAGAGGCGGAGAGGCAGCAGUGGGAGCGCGGCAAUGCAGGCAGCAAGAUCUGCACCGGGGUCGACUACAGCUGGUUGGCCAGUGCACCCCGGCCCACCUACGACCUUAGCCCUGGCGAGCGGCUGCAACUAGAAGACGUCUGUGCCAAGAUCCACCCAUCCUACUGUGGGCCUGCCAUCCUCAGGUUCCGGCAGCUGCUGGCCGAGCAGGAGCCCAAGGUGCAGGAGGUGUCCCAGCUCUUCCGCUCGGUGCUGCAGGAGGUCCUGGAGAGAAUGAAGCAGGAGGAAGAGGCCCACAAGCUGACGCGGCAAUGGAGCCUGCGGCCCCGCGGCAACCUGGCGCUGGCCACCUUCAAGACCCGCGCGCGCAUCACCCCCUUCACCAGUGACAUCCGGACCAUCUCGGAGGACGUGGAGCGGGACAUGCCGCCUCCACUCCGGACCUGGAGCAUGCCCGAGUUCCGGGCGCCCAAAGAGGACUGACCCAUGCCCUUCCCUGCCUAGGAGCUGAGCCACCUGCCGGAGGGCAUGAUAGGCCGGUGACAGGUCUCAAGUCCUGGAACCCAAGAGGUGGCCCCAUCCCAAGACAGUCCUGUAAGAUGGAGCAAACCCUCCGGGCCCACACUCCCCCAUCAGCUGUGAGGCUCCGGGUUAGGGCUUGGAGCAGCAGCAAUCCCCUCCCUGCCCCUUCCCACAAGUCAGAUGGAGCAUCCCCUGCCCUGCCUUGCAGAGAUUCGGGGUCUUGGCAGACAGACCCCUGCCCCAUCCGCAUCUUCUGCUUCUGUCUGGAAGGGGAAGAGUUGCCCUGACUUUUUGCCAAGACCUGGGUUCUCUCCCUCAAUUCAGGGAUGUCCUAUUCACCCCUUCACCCUGAGUAAGGAGGGACUUGUUGGGUAGUGUGUAUUCUCUGCUGGUGACUGCUGGUGGCUGGUCUCACCACUGCAGGUAGGUCACCGCCCCACGGAGAGGCAGAGCUGAAAGGAACCACAAAAGCCAACAGGUCCAUUCUCCUCACCUAGUCAAAUGAAUAAACUGAGGCUCAGAGAGGGUCAGAUUCUUACACCUUAAAUUGCAGCCAGGUCCCCAUGGGCCGUGAGAUUGUUUCUGUAGGCAAAGUCUCUUCCCCUGAGUCCUUGAGUCCUGGGCUAUGAUGGGACAGGUCCAAGGGCUAUGUCUCCACCUGCCUGUGGUCUGACACAUCUCUGACCUUGGAAUUGGCAUGGAGGUCUAAGGCAGUUGGGAUCAGAGGUAGGAUGCCAUUACCCUACACCAAGAGUAUCAUCAUGUGGGAUGUGGCCAAUACCUGGCAGCUCCUUCCAGAGCUGAAGCUUCAGGGCCUUCCUCCUCACUGCUCUGGAGAGCCCAGGUCUGAUUCUAGGGUCUCUUCUGUAACUGGUCACACCAAGGAAAGUGACACUGAAAUCCCUAACUGGCCUCAAAGAACCAAGUGAAAUGUUCUAGAAGAGCCUCUCUACCAGGCUUCGCUGUCCUUCUAUUUCUAAUACAGUUAGACCUUGAUAAUGCACAUGCGGUGCUCCAAUGUCUGGAAGGUCAGGUUGCUUCCCCACAUACUGAAGUGGGGUGCGGGGGGAUGGGUGGGGAAGGUGUCUGUCCCCAACUAUCAGUGCAUGCUCAGAAAAUGCAGGUGGAUCUUAAUAAUUAGUCUAAAUAAAAUGCCAGGAGAUAAGUCAAUGGGGAAGAAAAUCCAUAUAUUCCCUGACCAAGCUCAGUAGAAAAAAAUAAAUUUUUAAUGAUCUGGUUUGGGAUUAUUUUCAUUCAAGUCUGGACAGAAAAUCAUAAGAUGAUGGAAAACCUCUUAUCCAAUACAGUCAGGAUGAAGGAGUUGUCUCAUUACAUAAUCAGUAGCAGUUGAAAAGCACUUAAAUGAAAAUAUACACCUUAAACUUCUUACAUAUUUUAAGACAUAAAAAAAAACGUUCAUUCAA